AUGCUUGCUUUGAAUCUGGCAUAUAAUGGGCCUUGGGAUAAAGAAGCUAUAAAUUGGAAGAUAGAUUUUGGUACUUUGAUAUUGAAUAAUAUGAAGUAUAAGGAUAUGUGGAAAAAUUUCAAACCCAAGGCUCUAUUAUUUUAUACAGAAGAAAAUGUAUUGGUUGAAAUAGAAGUUGAAGAGAUUGAAGAUUGCAGAGGUUAUAGUAAAGAUUG